AGCCGGCCGUACAUACGCAAUAUACAUAAAACGCACGUACGCGACGUACGCGCGCGCGACGCGUUUGACAGUUUUGACAGUUCGUCCCGCGCGGACCCACGCGGUCUCUCGGAGCGUCAAACUCGGCGAAUCGGCAAAGCCGAUCGAAAUUUCCCUGAUCCCGCGUCGAAUAUCCCUCGUUCGCGUUCCUGGAAUUCGUACGUUGGCGUCUGCGCACGCGCACUCGUCGUGUCCCCGUCGUCGCAGUCGGUCUGCGGUUGCAUGGCGUCCUGCGUAGUGCGUAUGUGCGCUUGAGUACGACGGAGCCGUUCGUGCACGAGAUACCGGCGCCCGCAUUCGUCCGGCCAAGUCCACGUCGCGAGUAGUUGGCCGCGACGAGAGCCCGCCGUUAAAACGCUAUCGUGGCCAUGGGUAAGACGCCAAAGAAGGCGGCCCCUGGGGGCGAUGAGAGGAAUUUGUACGUUCGGAGGCUCAAGGCAACGACCGCGCCGUCGAGAGCUUCUGAAUCUAGCUUGCACGAGAGACAGCGCGAGUCCGAGAGUUUCAACAGGCCAAAAUUGACUGGAGUGCAGAAAAAGAUUCCAGCUGGGUCAGGAAAGAAUUUCAAGAGCAAGCUUCGUCCUCCAACAAAAGGUGGAUUUAAUCAAGCAUCAAAACAAUUAAAAUUAUCAAUGAAAAAUCCAGAAGCGAAGACUGCAGAUAUGCAGUUGGAAUCAGAAGAAGCUGAAGUUAAAUUAAACGUUUCAAUUCAAAAGGAAAAUAUCAAAGAAGAGAAUGGUAACAACAAAGUUGAAGUUGAAGAAUCUAUUGCUGAAAAAGAACAUGUUGAUAAUACUGAACAGACAUCAAGUAAACUUCAGGCUUCCACAAAGACUAUCCAAGAAGUUAUACCUGUUGGAAGCAAAACUAUUCCUCAAGAAAAAGAAGGAGUCUUAUUAGAAAAUGUUAACAUUGAAAUCAAAGAAAUGGAAGAAGAGAAUGAUAUAAAAUUAACAUUUGAUGUGGAAAGUAGUUCCACAAAAAAUGGAGAGGAAAAAUUAAGUGAUAAACGACCAAAGGACGAUAGCCCGGAAGAAGUAUUAAAAGACCAAUUAAAAAACGGCACAAAUGAAAAAGAAGAAAUACAAAGCGAAGCUCAAACAGACACAACAGAAAGCUAUUCAGUGGACAUUGUUGAAUCCACAACAUCAGAAUUAUCUGAAACAUCGGAAUCCAUUUCUCAGAGUGAUACACAAAAGGAUAAAGAGAAGAUUGAUGAUAUUAUAACCAACGAAGCAUCUGUUUCUUAUGAUUCAUCUGCGCUAAAAGAUUCAUACAUGCUAAAAGAUGUACAUGUCAUGCUUGUCAGAUCAGAUUGUGUGAAAGAUAAUUCGAAACUCUUUGAUGUAAGUAAUAUGGAAAGCACACCGAGUCAACUAUCAAAAAAUCUAUCAUUUGGCAAAACAUUAAGGAACAUCUCAGGAAGACACUCAAUUGGUAGAGCGCGUAGUAUUUUGCGUGACAGAAUAUCACCAAAUAGCUCUCUUUUCGUAAAUACAUCAGAUAUGUCGAUAGGACAGGAUGAAGGUAUAGAACCUAAGGUUUUACAUUAUAGCAGUUUACUAUCCGACACUUUCCCGAGAAAUGGUAGUCCAUUGGACAGGAAACGUAAAAUUGAGAAAAGAAAUUGGGAUUCAGCAAAAAAGCAGAAAACGGAUGAAGAGAGUUCAUUAAAUACAUCUAUAAACCUAGUAAAAGGUUUUGUCAAACCUAUGCUGAUAUCUACACCAAAAAGCACACCUUAUAAAUUUGAAUCCACUAAAUUAGACAUUAGCGGGAUAAAGGAUGAUGACAAUAAGAUAACGACUGAAGAAAGUACAAAGAAAUGGUGUGUCAUCAUGUAAAUUUCACAUGAAAAUUGUAUGCUACUAUACAAAAGAAAAAAAAUUUUAUAUUUUCGAGAAAUACUAAAGUUUAAAUGAUUAGAAGCAUAUAUAGAUUUUGAUAGAUAAUUUUUUU